AUGUCCUGCCCACCCUCUCCCUCGCUUUAUACUCCUCCUCCUCCUCCUCCUCACCCUCCUCCACCACCACCGCCACCGCCACAUGCAGCGCGUUUAUGUAGCGUUCUCUGGCUGCUCGUGUUUACCUACAAAAUAACAAAUAUCUUAUUCCCGUUCGCUUGCAGGCAAAUUGAUCCUGAGAGAGAGAGAGCUGAAAUCGACCAUCUGGGAUUUCUCAAAGCGUAUGAGGCAGAUUGGCCAUGGUUGUUUAAUGAUCCUGCCUAUCAUACUGUUGGCUUGUAG